UACUAGACAGGAAAACCUAGGACAGACGUGCAUUCGUCGAGUGUAUUAUUGUAGCUGACGCGGGACAGGGGGCGGUACAACCUGAGCAGUGCGGUGGUUGCUGCGACGAGAACACAGCGCACAGUCAUUGGCUGGCUGCAAACAUAGAUCUAACAUUCACACAACAGAGCCCAACUCGCACACGGAAGACUAAUCGCCCGUUGAACAUGGCGGUUGAUCUUCAAAAUGCACAAUCUACCCUCGGGUCAUUCAAGAUCCACGAGAAAUCAGGUAUUGGGGAACCUUAUAGCAUUGAAAAUGGGGGUCUGUAUCCUAAAUUCACUAGGAGUGAACACAAAGACGGGGACGACUCCGGCGCCAGCUCGAGUAACUCCGACAACAACGUCGACAGUGCGGUAUCUACAGGAUCUGAUAGUUCAUCUGACAACAACGUCGACAGUGGGGUAUCUACAGGAUCUGAUAGUUCAUCAGACAGUAAAGAUUCUAGUGACAGUACCACACCUCUGUUGGACAAUGGUCAUACUCAGGAACCACCCACGGAUGAAACUGUGAAUUCAUGUAGGGUGGUCGAGAAUAGGGAUCUAGAUCUACCCAUUUUCCCCGAGGACACUUACCCCCUUAAUGGUGUUAUUGUAGACGGACGUGGACCUACUACUCCCAACAAGGUACCCAUACAUGUUGAGGUACAGAAUGGUGCGGCAAAGGUUUACAUGCACGAGAGCGAAGAAGUUGGACUUAACGAGGACCACUGCGAAAAACCCUCACUGAAAAAUGAUUCUUUUUGGAAAAAAAUUGUCAUCAUAUUUUCCACAUUGGACAUCUUACUUUUUAUUACAAUAUUAGUCGUAAGUUGCGGCAUUCCAACCCGGAGUCCAGCGUCAGUCUCCCGAGGGGACAACUGCCUGGAGUGUAAGGAUGUGUAUCUUACUGAAGAUGACAGACAUGAUAACAUUUACAACUUCCAUAUGGACGACGGGGGAAACUUGUGCUGCUCCGAGAACCAGACGUUUCUCAUCCAGAAGUACUUCCUGAAGCGAUACAAGCAGGACCUUGCAGUUGCAUCUGCAGCGAGAUACAAAGAGAUGCCCAAGAGAACCGCUGUUCAUGUCGACCUUGACAUUCAAGACAAGAACUCUACAUCAGAGGGUGUAAAUCAGGUCCUGAAGUGGAGGGAAAAGGACGCCUUGAUGAACGGGCUGACGCUCAUCCCGACCGGCAGGCGCAUACAGUGUACACGUGCAGGCUUGUACUAUAUCAACUCUAAAGUCGUGUUCAAGGACACGGAGGCGAGCGCGGCGACGAAGCACCAUGUGUUGUUGCUGCAGGUGUAUCGAUCGCGGGAGGGGCAGGACAUGCUGCUGCUGGAGAACAAGUCGUCCCGGUGUGGUGACGCUGACAGAGACUGUAACGUUCCGAGCAGCGUCCAGGGCGUGUUCCAGCUCCAGGAGGGAGACCAGGUGUUUGUGAGUGUGACGAAGCCUUGUGGACUCGUGCUGGAAGACAGAUACAACUACUUGGAGAUGUACCUGGUGUAAUGUGCACCACUGUGUUGGUUAUAUUGGCUGUUCUUCUUUGUUUAAAUAAACAUUUAAAUCAGUUA